AUGACGACCGCCCACAGACCGACGUUCGAUCCCGCACGCGGCAAGGAAGCCCAGCGCGGAGUCGCCUACCAUCAGCGCCUCCUGCCCGCACACACAACGCUCAAGCACAGGCAAGCCGGCCAGGGCGGAGACGCAGAUGGCUACCAGCGCGACCUACGUGCAGAGCUUCUAGAGGCUGAGGCGCGUCAUUAUGCGAAGAAGAACGGCACCUAUGUCGAACCAGAGGCUGCUACCGACUCUAGCAGCGCACCGAAACGACAGAUCGACGACGUAGCAGCGGAAGAAGGCGAAGAGGAUGAAGCAACUGCGAAGAAGAGACGGAUAGAAGUGCUCGAGAAGUACAGGGACAUAGACGCGGACGAUAGUAGUGACGCGAGCGAGAGUAGUGAUGAAGACGACGACGAUGAAGAAGACGAAACUGCGGCACUGAUGCGUGAGCUGGAGAAGAUCAAGAAGGAGCGCGCAGAGGCGAAGGCCAAAGAAGAGCAGGAACGCGCAGCUGAGGAGGAGGAGCAGCGUGAGAUCGAUGUCGCGCGUGGCAAUCCUCUGUUGAACAAGAACGAUUUCGCCAUGAAGCGCAGAUGGGACGACGACGUGGUCUUCAAGAACCAAGCGCGCGGCACUGAGGACAGGAACAAGAAGAAGGAGUUCAUCAACGACAUGCUGCGAUCUGACUUCCACAAGAAAUUCAUGUCCAAGUACGUGCGAUGA